UUUCCUCCUCCUGGCUUUUAUGAUGGUUCCCACCAGAAGCCCCAUCUCCAGCCCAGGCUCCUAUCAUUCUGGAUGGGUCUCUCUUCCUUCAGACUCUUCCUGGACUUCUCUCCCCUUUGACCCUUGACCCCACAUCUCUACUUGGGUGGGCUAUUAGUGUUAAUUGCACUGACCUGAGGGAAGGGCCUGGCACUUUUUCUGGUGUUCUCACAGCUCCUACACGUCCCCACUAAGCCAGAGGGAGAAGAUGGGAAGGCCAAAUGAGAAGGGGAAGGCUCAGCACUUUAUUUUCUAGAUUCUUUUUCCUUUAUUGAGGUCUAUUGACCGAUAACAUUAUAUUACUUUCAGGUAUACAGCGAAACGAUUUGGUACUUGUAUAUAUUGCAAAAUGAUCACCAUAACAAAUCUAGUUAACAUCCAUCACCAUACAUAGUUAUAUAACUGAACCCUUGUGAGUUUGCUUCUUGAGGACUCAGAAACUGCACCAGCCUCAUGUUUUGUAUGUGUAGCAAAUAAGGAGAUCAUGGGGGGAAUGGCUUCCAAAUCAGUAACUCCCCAAGGGUGAGUGGGUUCCUUUUAUUUAGAGUUAGGAUGACUAUUUAGAUAGGGAAGCCUUGUCAUGGUAUGUAGAGGUGGGCAUAAGGUCACACAUGCACCUUAAGGGAACAUGCCUACCAAUACAGUCUGUGUUACAUAAAUUAAGCAUGUGCUCCUCCUUGAGUGGAAAUUUUAGUAUUAUAAUGAGGUAAAGGUAAUUGCCUGUCUUUCCAGAGGUCACUCUUGGUUUAUCUGCACAGGCAUAAGCCAGGGGUUUAGCUUAGUCCACUCACACUCCUCCUCCUCCUCUUACUCCCACCACCACCACCACCACCACUGCUGUCCUCCUACUCCCACUGCUACAAUUAUUGCUACUACUGCCACUGCUACCGCUAUUACUACUACCACCAACAGCAACAAUCACACUGGCCGUUUCUGAGCACACACUGUGCUCCAGAUUAGCAAAAAUGUUGUCUUCUCAUGUCAAUCAUGUAAGGUAGGUGGUAUUAUUCCCAUUUUACAUACUAGGAAACAGAUUCAAAGAGGUUCAGUAAUUUGCCCAAGUUUAUGCAUCUAGUAAGUGGGAGAACUGGAAUUUGACUCUGGUUUGGCUGACUCCAAAGCUUGUGCCUUUUGUACUCCUCUGCAGAAGCAGCUGAGACACUGAAGCAGACCAGGAAAAGGGAGGACAAAGAAAAGGAAAUAAAGAAACAGUGCUACCUUUUCUGAGUAUUUGCCCUAAUGACUGUUGGAGGUGAAAGUGGCAGAAAGGGACACAAAUGAGGGGAGUUGACAGCAGAUCCAGUGGGAGGAAGCCAGCCUGGCAUCGUUCUCGGGAGGAGAAACAAGGAUUUCUGCCUGGAAAGUUUGCCCCGGGGCUUUGCAGUGGACAGCCUUUACUUAGCAGCAAAAAGGUCUAAUGCAACAUAGGGGAUUAGGAAAAAGAAAGUCAGACUGAGGCUGAUUUCAUGAAGGGAGCCAAGUCUUGCUUCACUUACUUAGUUUUCAUCAUUUGGCAUUUCUGGUACCUACUAUGUACUGGGUUCUGGGCGAGGCACUGUUUAUAGAUGAACAAAUUCGAGUCUCUUGUCUUUAGGGAACCUAAGAGCCUGCUGGGAAAUAUAUUUAAGUCUUUGGUGUUUGGGAAUUUACCAUUAUAGUUUCAACUACUCUUUGGCAACAGGAGGUAAGGUCUGGAUUGGUGGUACUCAGUCUCAAAUGCACACUGCAAUCACCUGGGGAGCUCUUAAAACUACAAAUGCCUGGGUUUCACAGCCGGAGAUUCUGACAUAAUUAAUCUAGGGUGCUUCCUGGCCAUUGGGAUGUUUCAAAACUCCCUGGGUGGGGCUCCUGAGAGAAGUGGUUUGUUCCGGAGUGCACAGAGGAAAUGCGAGACAAGUCUGGAGCAUUUGUGGUAAGAAAGUGCUCCAAAAAGGAUGAAGGCCUAAAUGAAAUGAGUAUCUUUGAUUGAAUCCUGGAUUGGCAAAAGAACAUUAGUGGAAAAACAGGCAAAAUUCAAAUGGAGUGGCCGUCCUGCCUCCCCCCUACAACCUCUCUGUACAGUCAACCAACAUGAAGCAUCUCUUGACGUGGAGCCCAGUGUCUGUGCCUGGAGAAAUAAUACACUAUUUUGUCGAGUACCAGGGAGAGUACGAAAGCCUGUACAUGAGCCACGUCUGGAUCCCCAGCAGCUGGUGCUCACCUGCCAAAGGUCCUGAGUGUGACAUCACUGAUGACAUCACUGCCACCGUGCCGUACAAUCUUCGUGUAAGGGCCACCCAGGGCUCAGAGACCUCAGCUUGGAGCACCCUGAAGCAUCCAUUUAAUCGAAAUUCAACCAUCCUCACCCCACCUGUGAUGGAGAUCACCAAGGACGGCUUCCAUCUGGUUAUUAAGCUGGAAGACCUGGGGCCUCAGUUUGAGUUCCUUGUGGCUUACUGGAGGAGGGAGCCUGGUGCCAAGGAACAUGUCAAAGUGGUGAGGAGCAGGGGCAUUCCGGUGCACCUGGAAACCAUGCAGCCGGGGGCUGCAUACUGUGUGAAGGUCCGGACAUUCGUGAAGGCCAUCGGGAGGCACAGCCCUUUCAGCCAGGCAGAAUGCGUCAAGGUGCAAGGAGAGACGCUCCCGCUGGCGCUGGCCCUGUUUGCGUUUGUUGGCUUCAUGCUGAUCCUCGUGGUUGUGCCCAUUUCCAUCUGGAAAAUGGGCCGGCUGCUCCGGCACUCCUGUUGCCCCGUGGUGGUGCUCCCUGACACCUUGAAAAUAACCAAUUCACCCCAGAAGUUGAUCAGCUGCAGGAGGGAAGAGGUGGACGCCUGCGCCACGGCCACGCUGUCUUCGGAAGAACCCUUCAGGACCUGGAUCUAGCGGGCUCUGGGAGCGCCCUGUUGAGACUGCGAAGCUGGUGGGCAUGGCACAGGAACCACGAAGGGAGAGGCUGUGGAUCAGUUUUCCUCCAUGGACAAAGGACAAGAAAAGCAAGAAGAGCCUGCUGGGUCUACGUCUAGAAACGACCAUCAGAGGCAGAGUGGUUUGGCGGACAGCACUGAGGCGGGGUGAGGAGACGUGGCCUCUUAGAACUAGAUCUGGCUGCCUUUCGCGGACUGAAUGACCCUGAAGAGAGGGACUUGGUUUCUCUGGUCCUCAGUUUUGUCAUUUAUAAAAUGGGGAGAAUUAACUAUACAACUGUUAAACCACCGUAUGUACAUAUAUAUCCAGCACUUGCAGAGCUUUGGGAGACUGGCAACGCUGUACAUUGUGAUUGUUUCACCUUUUCUGCAGAGUGUAACAGGAGUGUAACAAGAAUGAUAAAAACUCUGCACACCAGCUGGCUUGAAGAUCCGGCUUUCCAAAAGGAAACCUUGAGGAGGAAAGGAAGGACGGGCACAGCACUGUUGACUUCACUUCCAGCCAAAUGCCUGUGCGGAGGUGAAGGACUCAGCCAGCUCUACAAUACACGACCCAGACAGAGGCCCCAGGCCCGUGGGAAAUGGGAUGCUAGGGACUCACGAGAUACUGUAAAGAGUAAAUAAUGUGUGCACACUGAAGGCAGCAGGUAAAAUGGAUGCGUCUGAGGAGAGGAGAAUGCGAAGGAUGUCAAUAAGGGUGACGUUUGCUGUGUUCCCUUUACCUGUAGAGUUGUUAAAGUAUAGAACUAAAACUAAAAAGGGGUCACCUUGAAGAAUCUUUUUGGCUUCUUCCAGAAAAGUGGUCCUUGCGGUUCUAGUAACAUUAUCAACCUUGUGUCCAGAGAGGCUCCUGAAGCCCGCAUUGGUCAGGAGUUGCGGGGGUGACCUCAGGUAGGGGUGGGGCAGGGAAAGUGUGGCAGGCAGCUUCUGGCCUCAUGAGUGCCCUGACCGAUGCAGCCGGCCAAAGCCUUACCUGGUCAGGGUGCUCCUGGACCUUCCUGGGGGCCUUGCUCCACAGGAAAUGCCUUUGGGUACCUCUCCUGCUUAAGACAGCUCACUCAGGGCGUCCUUAGCUCCUCCCAGCAUGUUUGUCCAUGAUUCACCCCCGGAAGCUUCUUCCUGCUCUUCUCUCUACCAGGUGAGGAAAAGAGUCAGGGUUAGAGAAGGAAUGGAGAGGGACGUUUCUUGAGAAGUGAAGGGUUUCAUCUCCAAGGCCUCCCUUCUUAGCCCCUGCCGCCGCCUCCCAGCUUUGGAGCCUUGGAGCUGGUUUGUCUCCACGCCAACUUCCUGGGCACCUUCCAGACAGCCCAGAGGUGGGGACCAUCUUCCUGUUUCAACCAGGGAGUUUCCCCGACAAGACAAGGCCUACAACCCUCUCUCCACCCAGUGGGGUCUCAAGUCGCCAGAGGUGGGCUCUCCAGAAGGAUGACAUUACUGAAGGUCUUUUCCUUUGUGCAGUUGUAUGCUUCUGUAUUGUUCUUCUUUCAUGAAGAGUAUGUGUUGAUUUUAUAUUUAGCCUACCUGGAAACAUAUUUUCAGUUUGUAAAAAUAAAGGCCAUAUUACUCUA